AAUCUUCAUCCUCAAACUAUGCGGUUUACCACUCUGCCUUCCUCUGCCCGUCUAAUUCGAUUGAGUCGUCGUCUGACCAACUUCCGAUCUGGUCAGUUCCAAGAUCGGCGAGUCGGCGACAAAAAGCAUGUCUUGGAGGUUUAUUUGGCUUCUCGCGCUCCUUCUGGCCUCCGUGGCCCACAUUGGCGCGACCGUUGACCUGUCCAACGUGAACCUGGCCACUUUCAAGUACUUCAAGCGCCACGAGCUGAGUCCCGUGCAGAAAUUCCAGUCCGUUCUCGUGUACUUCACGCUCCUCCUCUUCGGCCAUCCGCACCAGUCGCAUACAUUCCCUGUUUAUUUCGAUCCGGAAGCCGGAAGGCGCUGGAGACCACACUUCCAGCGACAGUUCGGGAGACAUGGAGAGAACCUGAUCGCGCUGCUGGGCAGCGGGAAAACGCGCGGAGAUCUAAUUCACUAUGGAGCCAUUCCGAGGAGUUUUCCGCGCUUCUAAAAUAAAUAUUUGCAGACUCUUCUAAGUUGUGAAUAAAUCUACUGGUUUGGAACACGUUUUUUUUGUCGAUGAUGAUCUCAAG